AUGUCGGAGCGAGCUCCUCGUGGCACCCGCCCCAGUCUCCGCCGCAGUGCCGUCUCGCACUCGUUCAUCCAUGAUCACCAGCAGUACAAGCCUGCGGCGGCCUCCCCGCCUUCCUACCAGCCAGAGCUUGGCGCCUCCAUCUCGGGUACCCUAGAGGACCCCAAGGUCAAGGAGAGCGGCAUCGUUCACUCGCUCUUCGGUGAUGCCCUGGCUGCGCUGCCAGCAGACACCCCCAAGCUAGUCGCAACCAUCUUCUAUGUCGGCGACCAGAGCAAGAAUGGCAGCAGGAGCAAUAAUAGCAACAGCAACAGCAACAGCAACAAGAACUCUUCGGCUGACCUGCCUACAGCGGAAGAUCCCCUUGAACCAGCUGCUCCAUCCUUGCCUCUAGAUGCGCUGUACGGCUGUCAUGUCUCCCAGCUGUGCCUGACGAGCUUCAUACAGAUGAUCGAAAGUCUCUCGCAUCCGUACAGGCGCAUGUCCAGCUCGCACAAAUGUCUUGACAGGCAGGAUAACCCUCGCGUUGUUGAGGUCACCAUCACCCCGCCGCCCAGUGGUGAAUACCUCUCCUUUGACGAGCUGCGUAAACAUGAGAGCAUCUGGAGGUUUGAGCGGACCUGGAACGUCGAGGUUGUGCUGCAGAUGGAGAAUGUCUGGCGGCGUUACAAGCGCCUCGCCGUAUUUGAUAUGGACAGUACCCUCAUCCAACAGGAGGUCAUCGACGAGAUUGCCAGAGUCACUGGAGUAGAAAAGGAGGUCUCCGAGAUAACCGAGCGUGCGAUGAACGGCGAGCUAGACUUUGAGGCCUCUCUUAAAGCUAGGGUAGCUCUUCUCAAAGGAACAUCUGCAGAUGUAUUUGACAAGCUCAAGUCCAUCAUUACCAUCUCUCCAGGUGCCCGAGAGCUCUGCACCGCGCUCAGGAAACUUGGAUACAAGACUGCAGUUCUCAGCGGUGGAUUUCAGCCACUAGCUGACUUUCUCGCCGAUCAACUGGGCCUGGACUACGCAGUUGCAAACCACGUACAUCUCACCUUGUUUGUUAUGCUCUGUGCCUUUGCUAUCCGGCUCGUAAUCGACGAAGCCACCCAGACACUCACUGGCACCCUCUCACCGGAUCAUCCCAUAGUAGACGCUAAGCAAAAACGCUCGCUGCUCCGAGCUCUUGCACUUAAAAAUGGCAUAGAUAUGCCUCAGACUCUCGCGGUAGGUGACGGUGCUAACGAUCUUCUGAUGCUAAAGGAGGCGGGGUUGGGAGUUGCAUGGUGCGCAAAAAGCAUGGUGCAGUUGGAAGCACCAACGAAGCUGAAUGGAGAGUCUCUCACUGAUAUCUUGUACCUUCUCGGGUUGAGCGAGCAGGAGGCCCGGUCGUUGAUAGUGAGUCCGUCUGUCGACGAGUCGUCGAUGAAGGAGUUGACCACAACGGAGCGGUCAUCGUAG